CUACACUUAGUUCUAAUGGGUUCGAUAGAAUUUCCGAGAAAAGUCCUGGUAUUAUUACUUCAAUAUUUCAAAAUAUGUUAUCAGAGAAAUAUUUAGCCCCAAGAAAACCUUUUGGUUUAAUGGGGCCUUUUCUAACUUCACUUGUAAAUUUUUUACAAAAAGAAAAGAUUUGUGUUAUGAUUUUCAUCAAUAUGGCUUAUUGUUUUGUAUUUCUCCUCGGAAGGUUGACAUUGAAAUUCUUUUUUGGAGAGUUAAGAGUUAUCGAAAGUCAGCAUAUGUAUGAUAGACUACUCAACUUUCUAUUAUUCAAAGUGGUCUUUGUUGGAGCAAUUUUAGAGCCAAAAUGGGAAGAGUUACUUAUAUGGACAACUUGGUUUACAAUUCUCGGAUUUUUAAGAAUUUUUAGCAUGUUAUGUCGGGAUAGAUUCGAAUAUCUUACGUUUACUCCAAACACUCCAGUUCAGGCUCAUUUACGAAUAUUAGCACUAUUAAUACUUAUUUUAUUGUCAGACAUUUUCUGGGAUAUUACAAGACAAAGUGUUUGGGAGUCUAGAGGAAUUCUUUUAUAUUAUACCGAAUUUGUUACAGACACUUUGAUACUAGUUGCCACUCUUGCACAUUAUUUACACAUCAUGCUUCUUCAUGGUAUUUCUUUUACCUUGAUUGACGCAGUUUUAUUCUUAAAUAUGAGGAGCGUUUUCAAUAAUCUUAGGAAAAAAAUAGCUGCAUAUUACAGUUACAGACAGGCUAUAUCCAAUAUGCAAACACAAUAUCCAAAUGCCACCGAUACCGAGUUGAAGGAAUAUAAUGAUGACUGCGCAAUAUGUCGGGAUUCUAUGGAUACGGCUAAAAAAUUGCCAUGCGGUCAUAUGUUUCAUUUGACUUGCUUGCGUUCUUGGCUGGAACAACAUGGUUCUUGUCCAACUUGUAGACGAUCUUUGUUGAAAGGAGACUCUCCUAUACGACAAGGGUUAUUAGAACAUUUACAUAUGGAAGGUCCAUUCCUUUGA